AUGGCGGAGAGCGACGGCGGCGAGGCGGACCCCGGCGCCGGCCGCGACGACCCGGCCCCGCGCCCGCAGCGGCCGCAGCUCGCCAAAUCGCGCACCAUCGCCGGCUCCGCCACCGCGGCCGCCGCCGCCUCCGCCGAGAUAAGGCGGGGCGGGAGGGACGGCGGCAUCCUCGCCCGCCGCUCGACCACAACGGCGGCGGCGCCCCUCCCGCAGGUGCCCAGGCGGCUCACCGUCGCCGUGGACGACCCCUCCCACGCGGCGCCCAACGCCGGCGUGCUCGACCGCGACUGGUGCUACCCGUCCUUCCUCGGCCCGCACGCCUCGCGCCCGCGCCCGCCGCGCCAGCAGCAGACGCCGCCGCCCGCCGCCGCCGCCGCCGCCCCCGCCCGCCGGAACCCUAGCAGCAAUCCCGCCACCACGCGGAGGGUGGCGGCCUCGCAGCGGGACGAGGAGAAGUCCCUGGCCUCCGUGGUCAAGCAGUCCGCGCUGCUCGGGGAGAGGAGGCCGCUCUCGCCUCCGCCCCCGCCGCCGCCGCGCGCUCGCGGAUUCGAUCUCUCGCCGUACUGCCUCCUGCUAUUGCUGGUUGUAACCGUCACAAGCUCUUCCCUGGCCUUCUGGCAGUGGAUGAAAGUGCUGGGACUCCAGGAAAAGGUCAGAUCAUGCAGUGGUGGUGCUGAUGCUGUGGACAGUGAGGAAACUGCUGAGACAUCCUGGGUUCUGGGGGACCCUGGUUCCGGCUUUGUUAGCUCCGAGAGCUGGAAAUUAGCUCCGAUGUUUGCUGUGGCAAUACCGAUAUUCCUUUUUAAAUACGCUGACCAGCUGCGGCGUAAGAAAGAAAAUUCCAGCAGGGCGAGAAGCACCGAGGAAGAAGUGCCUCUCGAGAAGCGGAUUGCUUACAAGGUUGAUGUGUUCUUCUCAGGGCAUCCGUAUGCGAAGCUGCUUGCCCUCCUGAUCGCCACUGUAGUUCUCAUCGCCUCGGGCGGCAUUGCGCUGUAUUCUGUCAGUGGCAGUGGGUUCCUGGAGGCUCUUUGGCUUUCUUGGACUUUUGUGGCAGAUUCAGGAAACCAUGCUGACCAGGUUGGCCUCGGUCCAAGGAUUGUGUCCGUGUCGAUUAGUGCCGGUGGCAUGCUGGUGUUUGCCACGAUGCUCGGGCUUGUGUCAGAUGCCAUAUCGGAGAAGGUAGAUUCUUGGCGUAAGGGGAAAAGCGAGGUGAUAGAGGUCAACCAUAUACUAAUCCUCGGAUGGAGCGACAAGCUGGGCUCUCUUCUGAAGCAGCUAGCUAUAGCGAAUAAAAGCAUUGGUGGUGGUGUAGUUGUUGUCCUGGCAGAAAGAGACAAGGAAGAGAUGGAGAUGGACAUAGGAAAGCUAGGAUUUGACUUCAUGGGAACAUCUGUAAUAUGUAGAAGCGGCAGUCCUCUAAUCCUAGCAGAUCUGAAGAAGGUUUCUGUUUCCAAAGCACGUGCUAUUAUUGUUUUAGCAUCUGAUGAAAAUGCAGACCAAAGUGAUGCACGAGCUUUGCGUGUCGUACUGAGCCUGACUGGAGUAAAAGAGGGCUUAAGGGGGCAUAUUGUUGUAGAGAUGAGUGACCUUGACAAUGAACCUUUGGUGAAAUUGGUUGGAGGUGAACUAAUUGAAACAGUUGUUGCCCAUGAUGUCAUUGGACGUUUGAUGAUACAGUGUGCACUCCAACCUGGCUUGGCACAGAUAUGGGAGGAUAUUUUGGGAUUCGAAAAUGCAGAGUUCUAUAUAAAAAGAUGGCCAGAAUUGGAUGGCAUGCGGUUUGGGGAUGUGUUAAUCUCAUUCCCUGAUGCUGUGCCCUGUGGAGUGAAGCUUGCGUCAAGAUUUGGAAGUAUAUUAAUGAAUCCGGAUGAUGAUUAUGUUUUAAGAGAAGGUGAUGAGAUCCUUGUUAUAGCAGAAGAUGAUGAUACUUAUGCACCUGCUCCUCUACCAGAGGUGCAUAAGGGUUUUCUACCUAACGUUCCCACCCCUCCUAAAUAUCCAGAGAAAAUUUUGUUCUGUGGUUGGCGACGUGACAUCCACGAUAUGAUAAUGGUUCUAGAAGCAUUUCUUGCUCCAGGUUCUGAAUUGUGGAUGUUCAAUGAGGUGCCAGAGAAGGCGAGGGAGACAAAACUGACUGACGGUGGUAUGGAUAUUCUUGGACUAACAAACAUUAAACUUGUACACAAAGAAGGGAAUGCUGUCAUCAGGCGGCACUUAGAAAGCUUGCCUCUUGAGACCUUUGAUUCUAUUUUAAUUCUUGCAGAUGAGUCAGUGGAGGACUCCAUUGUACAAUCAGAUUCACGGUCCUUAGCUACACUUCUUCUAAUUCGUGACGUUCAGUCCAAACGUCUUCCGUCGAAGGAGUCAAAAUCACCUCUACAUCACAAUGGCUUCUCUCACAGCUCCUGGAUUCGGAAGAUGCAGCAUGCAUCGGACAAAUCAAUAAUAAUCAGUGAGAUACUGGACUCAAGAACUAGAAACCUUGUAUCUGUCUCCAAAAUCAGCGAUUACGUCCUGUCAAAUGAACUUGUCAGUAUGGCAUUAGCAAUGGUAGCAGAAGACAAGCAAAUCAACAGAGUUCUUGAGGAACUUUUUGCUGAGGAGGGCAACGAGAUGUGCAUACGGUCUGCUGAGUUUUACCUGUACGAACAAGAGGAGUUGAGUUUCCUGGACAUAAUGGUGAGGGCUCGUGAGAGAGACGAGAUUGUGAUCGGCUACCGGCUCGCAAACACCGAUGAGGCAAUCAUUAAUCCAGAGCACAAGUCGGAGAUUAAGAAGUGGUCUCUGGACGACGUGUUUGUUGUGAUCGCGAAAGCUGAUAGAAACGAUAACCGGGCAAAGCAUAUGUUGAAGUACAGUUGUGAUCUCAUCUCACCUGAGACAUUGGCACUGAACAUGUCGGUUCCUGUCGUCUCCGUGGCAUUCAGUUCACCUCAACGUAGGUAA